AUGUUGUCCACGAGAUUUGCACCUAAUAUUCUAGUUACCGGAACACCAGGCUGCGGAAAGACUAGUACAUGCGAGCUUUUGCAGCGCAGAUUGAAAGACGCCAACUACUACAACAUUAGCGACUUUGCGCAGCAACACGAGUGCUAUGAUGGCUAUGAUGAGGCCAGAAAAUCGCAUAUAGUGGAUGAGGAUAGACUAUUAGAUGAGCUGGAGCCACUGAUGCGUAAGGGAGGAGCUAUCGUGGACUGGCAUGUCAAUGACAUUUUCCCUGAGCGUUUGAUCGACCUUGUUGUUGUGCUCCGCACCGACAACACAGUGCUAUAUGACAGACUCAAGAGCCGAGGCUAUCAUGAAGCGAAGAUUCAGGAGAACAUUGACGCCGAAAUAAUGGGUGUAGUGAUUCAGGACGCUCAAGACUCCUACGAAAAGGAAAUUGUUGUUGAACUACAAAGCGACACUGCAGACCAAAUGGACGAAAAUGUUGACCGUAUUGCGAGCUGGUCUGCCGCAUGGCUCGAGCAGAACCCCAAGGGUGUCACCAACGAACUUGUAGAGAGGGGCUCUGAUGAAGAGGAUGGUACCGACGAAGAGGGCGGUAGCUACGGAAACAGUGCUAGCAGCGGUGAAGAUGGCGAGGACGCUUGA